AUGUUGACUAAGGGAGUGGAGUUAUCCUCCUCCUCUUUGUUGGAGAAGUUCCUGGGGUUCAUUGAAAGUUCUUUAAUUGAAAAGUUAUCCAAUUGCCCACAAUCGAGAGUGUUCCGUGAGAAGCACUUGCUUCCGCUUGUACCGUUCAUUCCAAAGAUUUUUAUGCAAGUUUCAGGUGCAUGGCGAUCUCGUAUUUUACAGGCAUUCACUGAGGUUUUUAAGAACUGUGGGCCAGAGUCUUCUAUGAAAUUGGCUUGCCUUUCUGCACUUGGAGAUGUGGUUGAUCCUGAAAAGGGCUGGCUAUACUUGGUUGCAGGAGAUCCUGAAUUGCUAGACUAUCAGCUCAUUUGGAUUAGGGAGCUUCCUCAACUGCUACUGGUCUUAGGUGAUAAGAACCCCUUAUGUUCAAAGGCUGUGUUGCGACUUCUGCUACUUAUGGAAAGGCUGCUAAAUUGAGCUUUUCGUUCAGUCAGGAGUAUGAUCAAAUGCAAUGCAAACUUGCAGUUUUUAUAGCACACACUUAGAUGAUGGAAGUAUAUUCUAUGGGCCAUUCACGAGUCUACCUCAGGAUAUCCAGGAACUUUCUCUGUGUUGUCUGUAUUACUUCUCCUCCCUGAAACCAAUGCUGCUUCAGUCAUUGGUAUUGUGUUGCUUAAGUCAAAAUAUGGAGCCAUUUUUACUUUUUCGGAUAAUAGAGGUUCUCCACUCAGUCUGCAAAGCUGGAAAUAUCU